ACAUCUACAUUGAUGGUGAAUGGGUCGGAUUCUAUGGUAUCCAGAACGUACAAACGGAAAAAGUUGUAUUCAAUGAAGGACCAUUAUAUAUCGGGCGUUCUUUCAACAAUGGGUUUAAUGGCGAAAUUUGUAAUGUUCACUAUUUCAACUGGCGUCUAUGUGCCGAAGAAGUGAAGGAAGAUAAUAGACUAGUUAAAUAUGGCUCGAAGGUCGCUCUAGUUCAUGUACCUACUAGAAAAUAUUUGACUACUAAUAGAGUAAAAUAUCCAGAUUUUGGUCAAAAUAUG